AUGGAAGGAGCAGCACAAUCCUAUCAACAACAAAACAACAUUAUGGAUUCGUAUGAAUCUACAGAAAAUGCCUUGAUGGACUCGUUCAAAGCGGCCGCUUUAAAAGUAACAACUUUGUACAAGGAUUCUCUUGUCCAAAACCGAAAAUCAUACGCAGCUGGCUAUCAGCAAGCUCUACAGGAUCUGUACGAGUUUAUCAGUGCUCAACCCGAAAAUGGCUAUAUACCUGUUCAAGACGUUUUAUCGUUUGCUCGUCAGAAAAACAAUCAGUUAACUUGUGAAAUGGGCGGCUCCUCUGUCGCCUCUCCCACAAACACAACCACUACUACAACCGCAACCACACUACCUCCUGUGCAACAAAUAGUUACUCCCUCCUCCAGAUUACAACAACAAAACGACGAAUUACCACAACAGCAACAAAAGUUUGUGGGCAAUCCCUUUCAGAUAGACCCUCAUUCCCAGUUCACAUUUACUCAUGAUAUUGUGCCAUUAUCCAGUGGUCGCACAAUGGACGGCGUAUGGGAUCAAGCAACGAAUAACAAUACUACGACGGAAGGGUUUAAGCGACGCCUGAUGCCUGCUGAGGUAUCAUUUAUGGGUAGAUCAAUGAAUAUGGAUGCAUGGCAUGAACAGCAACCACCCUUAAAAAGAGGUAGAUUAAGACGUGAGGAGCAAUUGCAACUGCAAUUACAGCAGCAGCAAUUGCAGCAACAACAGCAACUAUUGCAACAGCAGCAGCACAUAUUUCAGCAACAACAACAACAGCAGCAGCAGCAGCAGCAGCAGCAGCAGCAGCAGCAAAAUAACGCUCAAUCAUCACAAUUCCAUCAACUGUAA